AUGAACAGUUCUGAUUUCGAUGCUAGAUUUAUUUCUGGCGACGAUUAUGACACGGAUUUACAGAGCGACACUGUCUUUGACUCGUUGCGAACUGCCGAAUCCGAUCGCAAUCGCGCAGCGGAAACCCCACUCGACCACAUGUUUGAUGAGUCGCCCCCAAGCACUGCCGGUCAUCCCAAGGCCAAGAGGCUGUCCAUCCAGGAAAUGCUCAGUCACUCGUGGGAUGCCAAUGAGAGAAUCAUGGAAGAAGACGAAAAUAUGCCGACGCCGGUACGUGUUCAUCAUGAACCCAGAAUUCGUACCGAUUCAGAUACCAUGGCACCGCGCUACAGCUUGGAACGCCCUUCGAAUGAGUACUCGCUCGGAAGCAAGGACUUUGGCCGCUUGUCUAUCGAAGACGAUUUCGAUGAAGAUUGGGCACGCGACGAAGACGAAAUGGCCUACAGCAACCAGCUAUCGCCUCCUAGCUCGAUGAACUCGCGUGGCGUUAGCCCUAAUUUGCGCAUGGCGCUUGCCAACAUUAGCGGUAAUGGCAACGCCGAUGCAACGCACGACCCUAGCGAGAGGCCGAGAAGCAACAUAUUUGACUGGAGUGAACCAACCCAAGAGAAGACCGACCUGGGCAGCUCCUUCAGACCCAAGACCGCCUAUGGAAAGCAAGACCUCGAUAUCAGAGGUGGUCGCGCCGCCAUCCGGAUGCGACCCUCAGCCAUGCACGUCCGCAGCCAAAGUGUGCCAGUAGUCCACGAUCCCUCAGACAGAGGACCAGUCAAUCCCAAAUUCGGCACCUGGGGCCUGAGUAGCAAGACUGUCAGCGAGGACUGGGACGAUGACUUUGAGUUCGGUGGCAACGAGAGCGAAGACAAGGAAACCGAGAACGCAUUCGCAAUGGUCGUUCCCGCCUCCAUUCAAGCGUCACAACCUAGCCUCAAGCAGCAUUCCGGCCAUAUCAGAGAACUCUCGCUACUCGUCAACGAUCUCAAGCGUCUGUGUCGCCAUGGCCGAGAUCUGGAUAUGCUCGGCGGCUCCAACGCAGGUCUCUGGGAGGAAGCCGAGGGCAUCAUUGCACUUGCAUCACCUGAUGAAGAUGAGUUGGAAGGCAUGGACGUGGAUUCUUCCUCUAUCAUGAGCGGAUUCGACGCUGCGUCGCCGGACCCCGUCGAGAAGGAAGACCCCUUUGAUGAGGUACACGAGAUCAACGUUUCAAAAACAGCCGUCAUUCGUGAACGCCCCGCUGGUCGUAGACGUUCGGUCUUCUCUCCAGACGACGAUAUCUUUGGCGGAAACAGUCCUGCUCCGGAUGAGCUUCCUCCGCCGCGGCCAAGAACGCCGGAAAAUAACAUCAAUAUGGGUGGCCACGACGUUACCGAUAUUGUCAGAUCCGUUCUGGACGCCAUGCAGCAACGAUCCGUUUCCGAUGCCGCCGCCCGCGACGAUAAGCUGCACUUUGGCACCAACAGCCUCAAGGCUCUCGUCAAGCGCGCAGGCGAUCUCCGGGACAUCUUGUCAGAGGUCAUACGCCGCGCAGACCAACUUACAUCGAGCCCUGCCAGAACACCCCGGCAGCACAAUGAUAGUCCGGCCUUCACCCGGGUUUUCACACCAGACCAUACUCCAUCCCCAUCCAGCCCGCCAAAGAAAUUGCCUCACAGCAGAAGCGCAAAUUCUGCACUCGGUCGUGGAUCAGUUGACGCUUCACCGUCAAGCGGCUUACAACGGAUGCAAAUGAUGACGGUCAGCUGA